CUCCACACACGAAGAAGUCACCGAGCGGAGCGGCUGCGGUUAGCUUAGCAUGGUUAGCAUCUUCUGUUUCUGAUGCUUUUUCUCCCAAAUCUGUUCUCACUUUUAACAAUUAAUCACCCUGACAACGGGACAAAACCGUAACCUCACAUUUACGCACGUACAGUCGGGAACUGGGAUCGAAAACGGGCUUUGAAAUGGCAGAAAACACCGAACAAAACGAGACCAAACACGACGGCUCUUCUCCCGGCAUGACGGACCAAGAAAAAGAAAUGGCUGCCAGCGCCUACGAAGCCUUCACGGCUGGGAAAUACGAGGACUCUCUGAAGCAGCUGGACGCGCUGCAGGAGCUGAACAAAGAGGACUACAAGAUCCCCAUGAAUCGCGCUGUGGUGGAGUUUUAUAAGAGCGGACAGACCACCACAGGGACCCUCAAACAGACGCUGCUCAUGAUGAAGAACCAGAUGCACUCGUCUGCGGAGGACGUGGACGGGCUGGACGAUGUGGAGAACUGUAUGUUGUAUUAUAACCAGGCCAUCGUCCUGUACCACCUGAGGCAGUACUCCGAGGCCAUCGCCAUCGCCGAGAGGCUCUACCAGUUCCUCGAGCCGUUUGAAGAGAAGUUCGCUCUGUCGGUGAGCUUCCUCCUGGUCGACUUGUACCUGAUCACGUUUCAGCCGGAGAAGGCCCUGCACCUGCUCACGGUUCUGGACAAACUCAGCGUCCAGGGAGGAGGAAAGAACGGCAAAGAGAACCACAAUUCAAAUAAAGAAGCAGCCAGUCAGAAGGCAGAGUUUGCAGCGAUGAUGGAAGCGGCCAAGUCCAAAAUGCACCAGUACAAAGUCCGGGCGUAUAUCCAAAUGAAGUCGUCCAAGGCCUGCAAACGUGAAAUCAAGUCCGUUAUGAACACAGCUGGAAACUCUGCACCGUCGCUCUUCCUCAAAAGUAACUUCGAAUAUUUACGAGGAAACUACAGAAAAGCCGUGAAACUCCUCAACAGCUCCAACAUCGCCGAGCACCCAGGACCCCUCAAGACAGGUGAAUGUGUGCGCUGUAUGUUCUGGAACAAUUUGGGCUGCAUUCACUUUGCAAUGGGCAAACAUAACCUGGGGAUUUUCUACUUCAAGAAGGCGCUGCAAGAAAACGACCACACGUGCGCUCAGCUGGGAGACGGAGGCAGCGGACCAGCUAAGAAGUUCGCAGGGAUCCCCAUGUGUGCGCUGCUGUCGAACAAACGCUACGAGCUGCUCUAUAACUGCGGGAUCCAGCUGCUGCACAUUGGGAGGCCCCUGGCUGCGUUCGAGUGUCUGAUGGAGGCAGUGCAGGUCUAUCACUCCAACCCCCGACUGUGGCUACGGCUCGCCGAGUGCUGCAUCUGCGCCAACAAAGGGGGCUCAGAGCAGGAGAGUAAAGGCCUGCCCUGUAAAAAGGGAAUCGUCCAGUCCAUCGUGGGGCAGGGCUACCACCGCAAGAUCAUCCUGGCCUCUCAGUCCGCACAGAACUCCCCCUACAGUGAGGGUCAGUCUGCAGCGAUCCCUGUGGCCAGUAUGGAGUUUGCUGCCAUCUGCCUCAGAAACGCGUUACUGUUACUCCCAGAAGAUCAGCAGCAAGACGCCAAAACAGACAACGGGUCCAAGUGCUCCAGUCAGUCCGGCAGCACAGAGAGCGGCAGCGAAAACAGCGACGCCUGCAGUGGUAAAGGUCAGGACGCAGAUAAGUUCCUGUCUGCAGCACCCUCGUCUCCUCUCCGGAAACAGGAAGUGGAAAAUCUCAGGUGUUCGAUCUUGGCGUGCAGUGCGUACGUGGCUCUGGCGUUGGGGGAUAAUCUCAUGGCUUUGAAUCACGCUGAGAAACUGCUGCACCAGCCCAAAGUCUCGGGUUCUUUGAAGUUCCUGGGUCACCUCUACGCCGCUGAAGCUCUCAUCUCGCUGGACAGAAUCUCCGACGCCAUCUCUCACCUGAACCCAGAGAACGUGAGCGACGUGUCGAUGGGCGUGUGCACCAGCGACCAGGAGCAAGGUUCAGACAAAGGAGAUGAGCCCGGAGAGUCCUCAGGGAAGCAGACCCCUCUGUGUUACCCGAGCUCGGUGGCCUCUGCUCGGGCGAUGAUGCUGUUCAAUCUGGGCAGCGCCUACUGCCUCCGGAGCGAGUACGAGAAGGCGCGCAAGUGUCUGCACCAGGCGGCGUCGAUGGUGAACACUAAAGAGAUUCCUCCUGAGGCCAUUCUGCUCGGAGUUUACCUCGAGCUGCAGAACGGAAACACUCUGCUGGCUCUGCAGAUCAUCAAAAGGAACCAGCUCCUGCCCUCGGCUCUGCUCCGAGUCUCUCCGGAAUCCUGCAAGAAGUCGGCCCAGAACGCGGCGCUCUCCUCCCCCUUCACCCAGAGGAAAUAACGGGCCCGGACCAGGAUCUCCACCAGGUCCGGACCGGGUCUGGACCCUCCUCGGACUGUCCCUCUGCCCCCCGCAAACACUUAAACCCCAGAAGAGCCUAGGACCAGGUCUAAACCCGACCCGUGUGUGGACUAUUAAAUAAAUUUUAUUUCAUCCACUUUCAGUCUCGGCUGAUUUUAACUCAAAAAGUUUAGACACACUUUGAAUUUUCAUCCAUUUUUACUGCAGCCCCUCCUCCUUUUGCACCUGGCCCCUCCUCUUUUCCCUUUUGCACCUGACCCCUCCUCCUUUUGCACCAGACUCCUCCUCCUUUUGCACCAACUCCUCCCCCUUUUGCACUGACCCCUCCCCCUUUUGCACCUGGACCCUCCCCCUUUUGCACCUGGACCCUCCCCCUUUUGCACCUGACUCCUCCCCUUUUUGCACCUGACCCUUCCCCCUUUUGCACCUGGCCCCUCUUCUUUUUGCACCUGGACCCUCCUCCUUUUGCACCUGGCCCCUCCUUUUGGACCCUCCCCCUUUUGUACCUGACCCCUCCUCCUUUUGCACCUGGCCCCCCCUUUUGCACCUGACCCCUCCCCCUUUUGCACCUAACCCCUCCCCUUUGGUCCGGGACGGAGCGGAGUUUGAGCCGGAAAUUAAUUGUCCGUGAAAUUCCCUUUUGUUUUUCCCGUGGACUUUUCCCAACAGAAAAAUCCUGUUUCCGGUGGAACGUCUGACGGAGGCGAAUCAUCUUCUAAAUCUAAAAAUCAUGACGUGAUUUAAUUAAACAAAUGUGAAAAAUA